AUGCAGGCUUUUGUUCCAAAGAAUCGGAGGCCCAGGUUUGAGCUUGGUUUAAGGAUAGUCGAUUUGAACAAUGUUCCCCUCGUGAACGGCACAGCGUUUGUCAAAUGGCGCUUACCUUCGUCAAGCGGCGCCGAAAACCAUGGGCAUACGGAUAAGGCGGUGAUCAUUGACCACCGAGCAUACUGGAACUACGAAAAGACCUUGCAGGUUCGACUCACUAUCGACCGGAACCAGAGCUUGCAUGAAUGCGAACUACAAGUUGAAAUCAUACAGGAGUUUGAAUCGGGGGGAGCCGGGGAUACCAAGAAUUUCCUGGGAAGGAUCAGACUCAACCUCGCUGAAUAUGUGGACAAGAGCGAUGAUGAUGAGGGAAUCGUGAGAAGAUACUUGAUGCAGGACAGCAAAGUAAACAGCACUCUUAAGAUUGGGGUAGCAAUGCGUCAAGUGGAGGGCGAUCGGAAUUUUACAACGCCCCCUUUAAAAUCGGCCAUGGUCUUCGGUGGCAUCACAGGCGUCGUUUCUUCAGAACAGACUGAACCUGAUGAUUUGGGCCCACUACCAUCUAUCAACAUGCAAAGUAGGGAAGUUGCUGACAUGCAGGAUAUGUACCGCCGGACUUUGGCUGCUUCUUGCAACUCUCGCUCUGACGACAUACCUGCGGAUAAGCUAGUUGAGGACCUUUUCUCGGGAAGCAUUAGCUGGAGUAAUGAAAUCUAUGGCCUUCAACCGACCGAGGCCAAGGAAGGUGACCGUUUUCCAUCCGCCGGUGCAGCUACGAAAAGUACGUCGGCGAAUAGACUGUCACCCAGCUUUGAAAGGCGACCGAAAAGCUCUUCAAGCAAUCAGUUCCGCAAUGAUGGCAAAUUGCCGGAGUUGAGUUCGAGAGUUGGACACAGCAGGAAGCGCAGCAGCAUUGAACAUCAACUUUAUGGUACUGCGAAGGGCCAUGCUUGGAAAAACCGUAGCAAUGAUCACGAGCUCUCGGAGUUUGAUGUUCGGGAGGAUUUAAGGAGCUGGGAGAUUGGUACCAAGGAUUGA